AUGGUAGGCAGUGGUGGUGGUCACUGGUUGAUUGUAGUGGUUGUUUGUAGUGGUGGUGAUUGGUUGAUUGCAGUGGUUGUGUUGAUUGCAACGAUGCAUAACUUAGCAGUGGAUGGAGUUUCAGAAUGGAGAAAUCCUCAAGUUCAAGUUGGAGAUGCUGUCAUUUUCCAGCACAAAUACCAGUACAAUCUCUACAUUUUCCAGAGCCAAAAUGCCUUCAGCCUUUGCAACUUUUCUCAAGCUACACUUCUCACCAAACCCAGUUCAACAUCUUACACUGACGUUGAUGAUGGUGUUGGUUAUUGGAAUGCAGGUGCUCGGGUUUUCAUUUUUUCAAAGAGCUUUGAGUUUGAGUUGUCCGAUUUUGCUGAUAAUGGUCUAGAACUUGAACUUGAACUUGCGGCACUGGCAGCAGCCAUGAAUUUGAAGCAUAACUUAGCAAAGAUUCAGGCUGACGCCAUGCCUGAACAUUAUGAAGCAGAAUUGGAGACAAGACCAGGGGAACAAAAGCUGUACUUGUUUAUUGAGGGCCCUACUGAGCAAUCUGUCAAGAGGGCAAAAGUUGAACUUAAACGUGCCUUGGAGGAAAUAACAAUGCAAGCUUCAUCACUUCCUAGUUCAACGCAACCUGGCCGAUAUUCGGUUCUUUAA